UGCAAGUCUCGGGUCGUCGUGCCGGGGUUCCCGGUGAGCGCAGCCAAGUGCAUAUUAGACGAGGCGGCCGCUCUUCGCGGCGCAUUCGCCGGCGAGCGCUCGCUGAGAGUGGAGAGAGAGAGAGAGAUCGAGAGAGCGCGCGUGCGUGCGUGCGUUCCGCUCCCUCGUGCAAGUGCAUUCGCGCGGAGCUACUCUCUCGUUUCGCGAAAUACGACGCGCGGGAUUGGCUGCGGUUUUGCCUUCGACGAAAUUUCUCCCGCCUACCGGGAAACCGCGCGCUCUUCUUCGAAAAGCGCGCCGGAUCGCGAGUCGUCGUCUGUGCGUGCCCGGUAGUUUCGGCAAUAUCAGCUCUAUCGCCGUCGGACUCGAAAAAGUGUAUGUGCGCCCCGAUUCGAGCGAUUACGAACUGGCCGUUUACGCACGACAACACACGCGAUCCUGGAAUUAUAAUCGGCUGGUCGCAGCAGUGCGCCUUCACGCGUCGCCGAGAGCGCCCGGGGAGCUCUCCUCCAGUGCACCGUCGUGAAUUUCUAAACGUUUACCGCGGUUCAACGUACCGUGACAACUGAGUUACGAUCGCCGGCGCGAGUCACGGUCGCCGAAUUGUGUGUCGCAGUCGCUCCGGGUUUCUGCUGUAAUUGCGUGAGAACGCGUAUGCUCGUUCAGCGCGUCGGCCGCAGCGGGACGAACCAGCCGAGAAAGUCACCCUUCUUUCGAGGCGCGAGAAACGAGAGAACCAGUGAAUCAGCCGUCGUCUCGCCGUCAUCAGGAGCUACUACUAUCAGCUUCCGAUAUCCGGCCCAACAAGGACCAGCUGAAGGAAGACGACAAUUUUUCGAGCCAAGUGGACGCUUUCUCGCCGCUCUGGUGCGAUAGAGUGUGCAAAGCGCUGAUAUAUUGACACUCACUCGAGGAGAGUCGACGCAGCCGCGAGUCAGCUGAGAUCCCUCGUCUGUAAAGAAGCAUGUAUAGCGAACUUGAGUCAUGCUGUAGCGAAUGAUGUUUGGGUUGCGACGACAAUUCUGUUGCGCGUCUUUUUUUCGUAAUCGCUGUCCUAGCGAGCGUAUGUUUACGUGUGAAUCGUUGUCUCCUUGUUGAAAGUCGGUUGGUCGCGCCACGCAGCAGAGUCGCUGUUGAGGUUUUUCUUACACGUCGGUUCGUCCAUGAGAAAAAUUCGCUAGAUCAAUUUCUCGAAUUUGGGAUACAUUACAAAUACAAAUAUCCUAAGAAACCAUCGGUUAUCAGUCAACGUCAUCGAUCCUUCGCAAGAUAACGCGUGACACAUCUGACUCGACGCACUUAUUAAGUAGCCAACGAGAACAACGCUCGACAAAGCUUCUCCGACGACAAAGCAGGUGGGGAAAGGGAAAAGACGAUAAGAGGACGCACGACACCGAGUCAGGUGGAGCUCCUCGUUAUCCUCCGGGUACCAGGAAAUCGCGAUAAGAUAACGGCCGUAGCGUUCGCUCGUAAACAGUCGCGUUCGGAGCGCCGAGGAGGACGGAGGCAAGUCUCAAUCCUCUCGGCAGAUCAGGAGCACCAGGUGGCGAUUGUGGCAACGAUCUACCCGCUUCGGGAAAGGAGAGCUCGUUCCGAUCGAAACGGUCGCGCAAGUUUUCAAGCGAAGUGCUGACAGAGAGAGAGAGAGAGAGAAAGAGCGUGUCGCAAGACCGACGUGUCGUCGGAAAAGGAAGCCUCGGUUGCACAACCCGCGCAGGCUUUAUCGUGCCAUUAAGGAUCUCUCGCGAGGAGAGCGAGGAGUCGAGCUGGGCGAACGUGCCGGGCGAAAUCGCGUCGUAAUCGCGGUUACGUUCGCCCCGGUAGAAAACGACGAGGCGGAGCGCACCGCGGGGAGAGAGAGGCGCCUAUUCAUCAACCGCCACUAUUUCUUCAAAGUCGCGCGGCAAUUAAUAGGAAAGAAGCUGUCGCGAGACUGAACACGCUCCGAUCGACGUUGCGCGAGAUUAACAGCUUCGUAUCUAACCGGUGACGACGGGCGGCGGUAUUAAUUGAUAAUCGCGAUUAAACAACCGGAGCUGAGACGCGAGGAGAGCCGCUGGAAUAUAUCAGGCAUAGCGGCGUUUUCCGAGCUGGCUUCUUCUCGUAACUUCUCUCGUUCAUCUCGGAGAGGAUUCCGAGCCGAUGCUCCACGAUUGGGGAGGGGGGAGGGGGGCACUUAGCAGUUUUGGAAUUCCAUCGUCGAGGGAAUUAAUCAACGUCCAAGCCGUUAAUUAACCGGUGCAACAAUUAAAUAUCGCGAAGCGAAGGAGGAGAAGAGGACGACGAGAGAGGCAGCCGUUCGCGUUAUUAAGAACGAAACUUGAUGGGACGCGUCAGAAAUUAAUUAGUGAUUCGUAAUCGCCGUGCUCACCCGGAAUAUUGAGCGGCGAUGACUCGAAUCGGUGAUUGAUUGAUAAUUAGUAACCGUAAGUGUGUCACGAUUGUUGCGCGCACGCGAGUGCCCGACAAGGACAUCCGGCCCUUCCGCGCCACGCAACUGGGUCAGUGUCCUGCCGAGAAGGACCUGGGGAUGCAAGUAGAGUGCGGUGCAGAGUGCGAAGUGAUAUAAUUGGUGCGUCCGCGGAGGCGAUGUGUGAUGCCAGCCCGAAUGACACUUAAUCCACGCAGCUGAUGACAAAUGUAAACAGGAUCAAGGUGGUCGUCCUCGGCGGCCCCAGAGUCGGCAAGUCAGCCGUCGUUGUGCGAUACCUGACGAGGCGAUACAUCGGCGAGUACAGCUCGACCAGCGAUUUCCUCUACCGGCACAGCGUCACUAUCGACAAUGUCACGACGGAAGUCGAAAUUCUGGAUACCUCCAGGUGCGAG